CUACCCUUAUAUGUAAAGUGUGUUAGUUGGAUCUUUAAAUAAUGUUUAUGAUUGUUCGAAAUUUAAUAUAUGUUAAUUUGCGUUAUGAUUGUUCAGUCCUAUCAUCAAUCUAUCUAAGUAAAAUUUUUCAACUUCAAUGGAUCAGAUAGUGCAUAAGUUCAUUGAAGUCAACGGACUGAAGCUUCACGUAGCCGAGAUCGGAAACAUAUCAUCUCCGGCGGUUGUUUUUCUCCACGGUUUCCCGGAGAUAUGGUACAGCUGGCGCCACCAGAUGAUCGCCGUCGCCAAUGCCGGUUACAGAGCUAUUGCUCCCGAUUUUCGAGGCUACGGACUCUCAGAUCCUUCUCCGGCGACGGAAGACAUUGGAUUUUCCGUUCUUGUUGACGACGUUCUCGCAAUCGUUGAUUCACUCGACAUUAAUAAGAUUUUCAUAAUCGCGAAAGAUUUUGGCGUAAGACCAGCUUUCCUCAUUGCGCUUCGAUACCCCACGAGGGUAACAGGAGUUAUAUCGCUUGGUGUCCCACAUCGGCCCUUCAAACCUCGUACAUACCACAUAGAGCUGCCUGAAGGUUUCUAUAUCAACAGAUGGAGGGAACCUGGAAGAGCGGAAGCUGAUUUCAGCCGAUUUGACGUAAAAACAGUCCUCCGAAACAUAUACAUCUUGUUUUCUAGAAGCGAAAUCCCAAUCGCCAACGAAAACCAAGAAAUAAUGGAUAUAGUGAGCCCGUCUACCCCUUUACCAUCGUGGUUCACACACGAUGAUCUUUCCGCCUAUGGAGCUCUAUACAAGAAAUCCGGUUUACUUGAACCACUCAAAGUUCCUUAUAGGUCAUCCGAAGAAGAAUACGGCAUAGAAGAUCCUGUGAUCAAGAAUCCGAUGUUACUGAUCGUCGGAGAAAAGGAUUAUUUCUUGAAGUUUCCGGGAGUGGAAGAUUUUAUAACGAGUGGAACGGUUAAACAAUUUGCGUCGGAUCUAGAGAUAGAAUACGUGGCGGAAGGGAGCCAUUUUGUUCAAGAACAGUUUCCAGAGAAGCUAAACCGGCUAAUUCUCGCGUUCCUCCAUAAGCAUAGCUGAUCAUAAUCCCACCGGUUCGGUUCGGUUCAACUCACAAGGGCAGGCUUCAUUUCAAUAUUGUGUGAUGAUAUGUUUAUAAGAUACUUAAAUCUUAUAUGUUUCUACUUAUUAGUGAUGUUUAUAGUAGAUUUAACGAGUAAAUAAUA